AUGGAUAUUGCUCUCUUCUCGCCGUCCUCCCUCUUCGCCGCCGACGAUGACUCUUCGGAUGGAGAAACGACGGAGACGGGACAGAGCUUCGUCGAGAGGAAUCACCAGUUUCCUGGAACCGUAAUUUCUUCCCUCCCGAUAUCGUCUCCUAGUAAUUCCAAUUCCCGGUUUAGCUUUAUCUUCUCCGUUGAAAAGAGUGAAACCUUAGCUUCUGAUUUCAUAGGUCUUUGGAUCGAAUUGCAUAUCCGGGAGUUCGGUUUCCACCAGCUGAACGCGAACUUGCUGUGGCCAGGCACAUUUGCCUUUGCAGAUUGGUUGGUUCAGCAUCGCCACUUGAUCCAAAGGCGGCGAUGCCUCGAGAUUGGAAGCGGCACGGGUGCUCUAGCUAUUUUUCUUCACAAAGAGUUUGGUCUCGACAUUACUACUUCAGACUACGAUGAUCAGGAGAUUGAAGACAAUAUUGCUCACAACUGUCUUGCAAACAAGAUCAUCCCUUCUUUGCCGCAUGUCAAGCAUACAUGGGGAGAUGAAUUUCCAAUCUCGGAACCAGAUUGGGAUUUGAUCAUUGCCAGUGACAUCCUUCUGUAUGUGAAACAGUACCCAAACCUGAUAAAAACCAAAAGAUAUCUUAACAUUACCCUCUUUUUACCAGUCACGGGACUGCCUCUGCCGGUGUUCUUAAUGAGCUGGAGACGAAGAAUCGGGAAAGACGAUGAGUCUUUGUUCUUCAAUGGUUGCGAAGAUGCUGGCCUCGAGGUGAAGCAUCUCGGAAACCGAGUUUAUUGCAUCAAGCUUAGAGAAUCCAGCAUCUGA